AUGGCCCCGUUCUUUAUAUUCAAAGCAAGCGGCAGUAAUCAUAUGGAGGCCUGGUAUCACGGCAGCGAGGUCCUACCAAGCGAUACAAUGACCGUGGUCUCACCAAAUGGUUGGAUAUCAGAUGAACUAUCGCUCGCCUGGCUAGCAGAGUUUAAUACAGCUACAAAGGAUCGUACGAAGCGAGGCGAGAAGCGAUAUCUAAUAUUCGACGGCCACGGCUCACACCUUACGCUUGAAUUCCUACAAUACUGCGAGCAAAAUAAUAUUAUCCCCUUUGGUUUCUUGCCUCAUUUAACACAUCUCUGCCAACCUCUUGAUGGAAAACCUUUUCUUAAUUAUAAGCAGCAAUUCAGGCUUAUAAACAAUGAUUUAUCUUUCUGGGGUGGUAAGCCAUAUGGGAAGGCAGAGUUCUUGCAGAUUAUUCAACCAAUCUGCGAGAAGGCCUUGACAAAGCGAAUUAUUCGAGAAUCCUUUAAAGAUCGCGGUAUCUGGCCAGUUGAUGGAAGACAAAUCGUCAUGCAACUUACCAACCAGUUGGUGAUCCCAGAUAUAUCAGUGCCAGAACUCCGUGGAAGCCCUACACCACCUCUAUUACUCUCCUCCAGCGUUGAAAACAGUCCUCCAGCAACAAUCGAGGCGCUUACAAGGAAUCAGGCGAAGAUUAUGAAGGAUAUUACUAAUAUUUCAGAGAAGACGAAGCGGAACCUAACGAAGGUCUUUCAACACCAGAUGCAGAAGCUAGAGGAACUCCAAAUGACCCAGGAAGCAAUUUGCAGGAUUAGGACCGCGCAAGAGCCUUAA